UUUCAGGGUUCGCGCUGUUCCUCUUUACUUGUUUUCGAAACGUCUCGUUGAUCCGCCGCCUUACUUCCGGUUUUGGAAUUUGUGGCGGGAAUCAGCGGCGUAGUACUUCCGUUCAGAAAUCAGCUGAUUUCAUACGGCGCGGCAGUGCCGGUGGGCACGCGCACGGAAAGGUGUCGGCGCGCUUGACACUUCGUCACGUGCCACCAGGAAGUUCCUCCUCCAACAUGGCUGACCCCUGGCAGAACGCCAUGGACCACGCUGUCGCCGUGGCACGAAAAGCUGGAGAGGUGGUGUGUGACGCUCUGCGUGGUGACAGGGCAGUGAUGACGAAGAGUUCGGUGGUGGAUUUAGUGACGCAGACCGACCAGAAGGUGGAGCAGCUCAUCAUCCAGUCAGUGAAGGAAAAGUUCCCCACCCACAGGUUCAUAGGGGAGGAGUCAGUGGCUGCAGGUGAGCCCUGCGUCCUCUCUGACUCGCCCACCUGGAUCAUCGACCCCAUCGAUGGCACGACCAACUUCGUUCACGCGUUUCCUUUUGUUGCCAUUUCCAUCGGAUUCGCCAUCAACAAACAGGUGGAGUUUGGCGUUGUCUUCAGCUGUGUGGAGGACAAGAUGUUCACGGCGAGGCGGGGAAAGGGAGCAUUCUGUAACGGCGAGCCGCUGCAGGUGUCCCGGCAGGAAGCCGUGGAACAGGCGAUGGUGGCCACGGAGUUUGGAUCGGACAGAGACGCCGACGUUGUUGAUAAAAUCUUCCAAAGCCUCCGAAACAUCCUCUGCCUCCCUGUUCACGGGGUGCGCGGGGCGGGUUCCGCCGCCAUCAACAUGUGUCUGGUGGCGUCGGGCUGUGUGGAGGCGUACUACGAGAUCGGGAUCCACGUUUGGGACGUGGCUGCCGCGUCGUUGAUCGUGUCCGAGGCUGGCGGCGUGCUGAUGGACGUCGAUGGUGGCGACGUGGACCUGAUGUCCAGGAGGAUCAUCGCCGCUAACAGCAAAACAAUCACAGAGCGACUCGUCAAAGCGAUCGUCCCCUUCAGUCUGCCCAGAGACGACGCCACACCACCGAAGAAGAGCUAAACACACACUGACAGGUGUGAGGAGCACACCUUCCUGUUUGGAAAGUUUAAAUAAAAGUUUUCUAUGAAAGCA